AUGAAUAUGAUAGAGCGCAUAAACGAAUUGUUCGAGCAAUUGAGUCGAGUCAAAUCAGUCCCUAACGACUAUGUUUCACUAGUCGAAGAACGUCUCACACUAAUCUGCAGGCCUCCCGAUCGUCUAAGGCGUAUGGAAACAGCACGACCAAAAAGAGAGUACAAUUUACACGAUCGGUUGAAACGAGCACGGCGGAUCUACUUGGAAGUCCUUGAAGUGUUCCCCAGCAUCUUUUUGCCAUUUAUUAUGACUGUGUCUCCUAACUCAUGCCGGAGCUGGAAAACGAGCGACGUUCGGAAAAAUUUACAGAGCUGCAAAUCAGCAGCAUUGAGUGGCGAAGUUCUAAAUGACCUCGAAAAUAUAGCAAAGAGAGUCGUGCCUUUGCCAAAGCCAAAAACGAACACGGAAUCAGAUGGGGCAUGGUUCUAUAGCACAGCCGAUGUGACUAGAGCCCGUCAUUUUCUGAAUAAGGACCUAUACGAAGCAUUUGAGAAUUCUCCGAGGCGGACGCGUGAAAAGGAAAACCAACUCUUGACAUCAACGCAGUGCAUACGUAUGAGCUUCCCUCGGUAUGAUCAUCAAGACGCAACUGUACAAUUGGAUAUCGGUUUUCAUGAUUCAAUUGUCAAGGCUCUGUUCCCCACAGCAUGGGAGAGAUUUUUAACUGUACAUGGGACCGAGCUGACAAACGUGGAGUCUUCCCAAUUAGCAAGGGAGCCAGCGAUUGCAGAAAUAUAUGAUAAUGCUUGCUUCACAUUUCGAGGCGCAUCAACGUCAUCAAUCCCUAUCAUCUUUGGAUCUUCGUUAAGUCAAGGCAUUGAAGAGAGCCAACUACGGGCAUGGGAGAUCAAGAAUUUUGUCCUCAGGACAACGGACUGCAUAAGCUUAGAUAUAAUGCGCAGUCGGCCCUGCGAGGCAACUGUUACUUUACGUGUCGGGUGGUCCCAUGGGAUAUUCAUGGCUACCAAGCUUUAUGCAUUUGAUGGCUAA